GUUUUUUAAUGCGGAUAGGUACAAGUUUAUAUUAGCUAUGAGUCAAAAUCCAAGAAAAAGAUCUAUACCAUCUAAGUUGAUAUAUCUUCCUUUAGCACCACGAUUGAAGAGAUUAUAUGCCUCAAGCGCUACCGCUAAACACAUGACGUGGCAUGUAGAGUAUGACACUAAAGAAGGGUUAAUGUGUCAUUCAUGAUAUUCCGUGGCGUGGAAGCAUUUUGAUCGAUGCUAUCCUCAAUUUGCUGUAGAGCCACUCAGCCACACAACGUGAGUCUUGGGUUAUGUGCUAACGGUUUUGCUCCGUACGGUCAAUAUGGAGGCCAGUUCUCAUGUUGGUCAAUUAUCAUUACACGCCAUUGGUUGAAGAGCUGAAACAGUUAUGGGAUGUUGGUGUUCCUACAUACGAUGUUUCGAGAGAUCAAAUAUUUAAUACGAAAGCUGCAGUUAUGUGGACAAUUAGUGAUUUUCCAGCAUACAGAAUGCUCUUUGGAAGGAGUACUGCAGGUCUUACGAGAUGUCCUGUUUGUAUCGAAAAAGUCACAUGAAUUUUGGCUAAAGAAUAGUCGCAAACAAUCUUACUUUGAUUGUCAUCGGAAAUUUCUCCCUCUGAAUCAUCCAUAUCGAAAGGAUAAAAAGUCAUUCAUCAUGGAUCGCAUUGAGCGUGAUCCUCCACCUCUGAGGUUAACAAGAUAUCAGAUUUAUGAUUGUGUUCAAAACAUCCCUUUUGCUAUAGAUGAUCCUCUUGAGUAUCCAGAUGGAUAUCUAACGCAUCAUAAGUGGACAAUGAAAAGCAUUUUUUUUGGAAUUGCCAUAUUGGAAAAAUAUUCUCAUACAUUGGGCAUAAUUUGGAUGUAUUACAUAUUGAGAAAAAUGUUUUUGAUAACAUUUUUAACACAUUGAUGAACUUCAACGAAAAGACUAAGGAUGACCUUUCAUCAAGAAAGGAUGUAGCAUUGUUUUGUGAUAGAC